AUGGAGAACUUUUGCAUCCACACUCCGGAGAAUGGAAACAGCAUAAAAAGAGCCAUACGCAAAGGAAACCAUGAUAGAUACUUAGCCCCAUCGCCAGCGACAUUGAGCGCGAGUACAAUUGAUCCAUUCGACAGUCUUGCAAUUAAAGGAACGAGACUGCAACAUUUCCUUAACAAUUACGAAGCCCGAUUAGCUCCGGAACCAGUCUUCAGUGUUUCUAAAGACCUCGAUUUCCAGAACUUUCAGUCAGUUUUUCGUGCUGGUCUUGUUGACCCUGCCUUGUCAAAUGCGGUGAUGCUAUCGUUAGCGUUUGCAGCUAGUGGAGGCAUCAUCAAUAAGGAAUGUCUCAUCUAUCGAGGCCAGGCCAUCCAUCAUAUUCGCGAGACAAUGAUGUUCAACCAUAGUGUCUCAGAGUCAACAAUUGGUGCGAUUUUACUUUUAGUUGGAGUUGAGGCCCGACUAGGAACGGUAUCGCAGGUAGACCUGCAUAUGGGAGCUGUGCAGCUUCUACUUACAACCUGCCAAAACUCAGGUAUUUGUCUCACUGAGGGGAUUAAACGUGCGAUAUUUUGGCAAGACCUAAAUUCUUCGAUUCUAGUCGGUUCAAAGCGUAUGUUCCAUCACAAGAGCUUCGCUGAGCUCGAGUGGGAAAGAGAUUCUAUUGCUACGGAUCUCUUGCAAUUACCGCCAGGCUUCCAGAUCCGAUCUCAUCUCUUUAGUGAUGAGUUUAUAGAAGUGCUAGAAGAUAUCUACGCUCUUGAACGUAUCCGCGACGAUUAUCGACCGGCCGAUUGCGUUGUAUCGGCAGUAUUCAUCAAUGGUCAUACAGCAUCUAUACAAUCACGGUUAGAAGCCCUCCCGAAGGCGACACAGCUAUCAAGAUGUUGUUAUCUUGGAGCGUAUCUAUGCUCUGUUAUGCUAUGCUGUACAGUAUGGUGCGCUUUGGUAAUUCCUGCCAACAUAUCCACGCAGUUGCUCUUUGAACUUCAACAGGCAUAUAAUGAUCCAGUGUGGGACGAGCAUGCAGAUUUAUUGCUCUGGCUUAUCUACAUGGGAGGCGCAUUCUCUCCCCGUGGACCUGUACGCUCAAAUUACAUCAAUAUGCUGAGAUCAGCAAUGUCUGAAAGAUAUGGUGUGCUGCAGUCAUGGACUGAAACGUAUGAGAUACUGAGGGACUUUCUUUGGUCUGAUGUAGCGUUCAGGAUCGAAGUCCGAAAACUCUGGGAAGAAGCUUCCAGACAAUCCUGA